AUGCGUAGGAGUGUUAUUGGGUUGCUGAAGCCUAGAAGCGUUACUGGGUUGCUGAAGCAAGAUCAGCAAAUGCUUCCAAAGUUGCGGUUGAAUGGAUUAGCAAGAUCAACAAUUCUUCAUCCUUAUCACAUGGAUGGAGCAACUAAACAGUUUUUCCAUCGAAAGAGAAAGGAAAAACAUGGAUUGCUGAAGCCUAGGAGUGUUACUGGGUUGUUGAAGCCAAUGAGCUUUACAGUAAACUCUGUUAGGAUGACUACUGUAAAGGCAGCUGUAGAGGUCAACUCAGCUGCAUUUUUUAGACAAGUGAUUGACUAG